AUGAGUGUGAGAUGGGAGACAGAAGGUUUGCAGACUGUGGGGAUUGUCUGCCUGGUGUUUAUGUUCCUCAAACUUAUGCACCUGCUGGGCCUUAUAGACAUCACCGAGACAGACAGCAGUGACAGCGACUUGGAGCUGUCCACAGUUCGUCACCAGCCGGAGGGUUUGGACCAGCUACAAGCUCAGACCAAGUUUACAAAGAAGGAGUUGCAGUCCCUUUACAGAGGCUUCAAAAAUGAAUGCCCCAGUGGUUUGGUUGAUGAGGAUACCUUUAAGAACAUCUAUUCACAGUUCUUUCCACAGGGAGAUGCCACAACUUACGCCCACUUCCUGUUCAAUGCUUUUGAUUUGGACAGGAAUGGCUCCAUUCGAUUUGAGGACUUCGUGAUUGGGUUGUCUGUGCUACUCAGAGGCACCGUCACGGAAAAACUCAACUGGGCCUUUAAUCUCUAUGACAUCAAUAAGGACGGAUACAUCACCAAAGAGGAGAUGUUGCUGAUCAUGAAGUCCAUCUAUGAUAUGAUGGGCAGAUACACUUACCCCAGUUUGAGAGACGAAGCCCCGUCUGAGCAUGUGGAGAAAUUCUUCCAGAAAAUGGACAGAAAUCGAGAUGGGGUCGUGACCAUUGAAGAGUUUAUUGAAACCUGUCAAAAAGAUGAGAACAUCAUGAGCUCCAUGCAGCUGUUUGAGAACGUGAUUUAG